GCCAAAAUGUUGCAUGAUGCUGUAAACUAGGCACGUAAGUGUGGUAAUGCAAAACGAUUUAUCACAUGUCUCGUGCGGUAUCAUGUCCGUUCUAGAUAUGGGCGGCUUUAGAAAAAUUUCUCGGUUAUUAUAACGUCAGUAUAAUCCCUGAGAAAUUCCUGUGUCGAUGCUUUUUAUUGUGUUUGUCAAAAUAUUCAGCGAUAAAACUUUUAUUCUUUUGCUGUUAUUUAAGACACAGCAGGGAAAUGCCGGCGCAGUUUACCGUUUCACUGUUUUUAUCUGUGUAUGUAAACUGCCUAUCAGCUCGACAAAUCGAAGUCGUCCCAGGCGCAAGCGUUGUCGGCGAGCCGUACGUGUCGGUUAACAAUCCCAAGACUGUCGGAUAUGUUUAUUACGGCAUUCGCUAUGGAACUGCUCGGCGUUUCGAACAUUCCAAGGAAAAUCAGGAUUACUCUUACUUGCGCAAUGCUUCGAGGCUGCGACAAGGUCCCAUUUGUCCCCAAGGACCAUUGCCAGCGGCAUGGGGCAGCAACGCCAAUAAGACUAUGAGCGAAGACUGUCUGUAUCUGGAUAUCUACGUGCCGCCUGUAAAGUCCCAGAAAGAUGUCUUCCCGGUUAUGAUGUGGAUUUAUGGCGGCGGAUUUCAGCUGGGGUAUAAGGACGAUUACAACGCUACACAGUUGGCAGAAGAAACCCAAACUGUCGUUGUCACCAUCAACUACCGGCUGUCGGUCUUCGGUUUUUUAAGCACCGGUGACGAUGCUGCCAGUGGUAAUUACGGCCUUGGUGACUGCAAAUUGGCUGUGCAAUGGAUUAAAAACCAUAUUGCCAAGUUCCAUGGUGACCCGAAGGGCAUCACGAUAUUUGGUGAAAGCGCUGGUGCGUUCGCCACUUCCGCCAUGCUUCUCGAUGCCAAUGUUCGGAAAUCCAUACGGGCCUCCGUAUCAUUCAGCGGAAGUAUUCUUAUCGAUUCGAUUUAUGUCCGCGAACCAAAGAGAGAUGCUGUGGAACUUGCCGGGCAGGUUGGCUGUCCCUUCGAUGCUUCAAAGUUCUUAUCGACUGCUUGAAACGUCAGCCGGUGAAGAAGCUGCUCGAUUCGGCAAAACUGUUUGAAUUCGGCAACCCGCGGAUGUUUCCAUACGCUUUAGUGAUCGACGGCAUCCAUCUGAAGGACAUCCCAUUCCAGGCCGUCCAAGCAGCAGCAGUCGACGCAUCAAAGGGUCCCGGAAUUAUUACGGGAUAUUUACACGAGGACGCUUCAAUGAUUUUAAGCAUUAUUCAUCCAGAACUGUUCAAUCCAAAAACACCUGUUAAUUUCGGCCAAAUCAUACUCAUGAUCGCCAAGGAAUUUCUGCCCAACGGCGGCGCGCCAAAUUGCACCACACCGAACCUCGAUUUGGCGAAAACAGUGGCUGAUCAUUACAAUCUGUCCGCAUCUGAUGAUCGAUCGACAACGCUGUGGAAGUUGUAUUAUCUGGCUACCGAUGCACUAAUGGGCUACCCGGCCGGCAAGGAAGUCCGGUUUUAUGAAGCUGAACGAGCUCCUAAUGUAAACGGAGCAGCGACAACCCUGUUUCGACUCAACUACAAUCCGGACUGGAAUAACUUAGGUGCAUUUCAUACAUUUGACGUCAGCAACAUAUUUUACCCGUCCCAACAGUUGCCACAUUUGAAACCUAAUAAACAGGUCAUCAGUAGUAUUCGCCAGAUGCUGCAAGAUGUCGCAUAUAUAGGAAGAAUUAUUGGGUCCCGUUCAAAACAGCGGCCUCAGUUCUUCGAGCUGACCCAAGCGGGACAACUGGAAAGCAGCAGUGCCGACACCGGCGCCAUGGUGGACUUUUGGGACGGCAUCGUUGAAGCCCAUAAGACCUACAGCGAGCAGUGCGGUAAAGCGCCCUGGCACGUCAUGCCCAUGGGACGCUCAUCGAACGUUCAACCACGGCGUGACGGUUACGCUAGCGCGUAUUAGAUCGAAUUAUGUACCGGCAUUUGCAGACGAUGUAUGUAAACGAUUGUCUGCUAACCAUUUGUUCGUAUCAUAAGAUCUAAUAAGAGUACAUGACCGUUGCUAUACUGCUGAACAGUAAUGGGUGAGGUUUGCUACAACUAGCAAUAAGAUUGUGUGAACUUUGAAGAAUGUUAUAAUAAAUGAAAUCGCUUAGGCAAAUAAAUAAGCUUCAGAUUGAGAAAUACAGCGCCACAAAAUAAUUUACUAAAAACCGCU